AUGAGUUCAGAAAUUGUACAAGGAAAUUGGGAUAUAGUAAUAACAUCAUUACAAGAUAUAUGUACAUCAAAUGAAAGUAUAUCAUUUAACCCCAUCUAUAAUUCCAACAAUGAUAUUUCCAAACUUACAAACAUGACUCAAGAAGAAAUCACCAAACUUCAAAAAGAAAUUUACGAUCAUAAAUCCAACCUAGGUACAGCCAAGAGAUUAAUUGACACAUCAAACGAAAAUCUCACUAAACUUAUAGAAAUAAUGCAAUUUCAACAACAACAAAAACUUAAAGAAGAAGCUGAAAAACAAGAACUUGGCAAAAAAUUAAAAGAAGAAAAAGAAUCAACCACUAAAACAUCAUCAUCUUCCAAAAAAAACACAACAACAACAAAAGGUAAAAAGAUUAAAAAAAUAGGUAGAUCAUUCUGGCAAUCAAAAUAUAAUCCAUCAGAACCAAUAGUUAUUGGAUCAGAAGUAGCUUUCAAACUACGUAACCGAGUAAACGAAUGGAUUCAAUGUGAAGUUGUAAAAAUUAUAGGUGAUGGAAUAAAAUUUGAAAUAAGAGAUCCAGAACCAGAUGAAAAUAAUAAUCCAGGUAAUACUUUUAAAUGUAAUUAUAAAGAAAUUUUAUUAAUUCCUUCCCCCAUGGAUUUAGAUUCAUUAGUUAACUAUAGUUAUGGAUCAAAAGUUCUUGCGAGAUAUCCCGAUACAACAACUUAUUAUCCUGCUAUUGUUGUUGGGAAUAAAAAAGAUGGAAAUGUAAGAUUAAAAUUUGAUGGUGAAGAAGAAGUUAAUAAGGAAUGUGAAGUUGAAAGAAGAUUGGUUUUACCAUUACCUCAAAAAUAG